UUUUUUUUUUAUUUUUUAUUUUAUUUAUUCAUUUUUUUUUUUUUUUGCCUUUCCCCUAGGUCCAAGCGAAAUAAUCCCACACUACUGACUCAAGGGCGAAUCCGUCUCGAUUCUUAUGGACAUCGCCAUACCAGCCACUGGGGUGUCUUACUCAUUCCUUGCACGACCUCGGACUAGCAAUUGUGCCGUGCCGUAUGGCCAUCUCGAUCGCAGAAAGUUCUUGUAGUCCGACUAGGUCUCUGGGUCUUUUGCUGGAUCCAGAAAAGGCCGACCUUCCUCGUCCCAAACAGAGCAUGUGGCAUCGCUUUGGUUUGCGCAGAUGGCUGGGUCGUGAUGAUCGAGACUCUUCCCAGUCCACUGCGGGGGGCGCUUCCUUCCCCAAUCAUCACAACAAAAAUAACAGCAUCAAUGAUCCAAACAAUGCCAAUGCCGGCAACACCAAACCUCAUGACAACCUCACUCGGAAACUCUCAAGAAAGGUCGGCGUCGGUCUUCCUAGGUCCACUACAUUCAAAAGACAGAAUUCCGAGCGACGUGACAAUCUAGCCCCCCUGGAACCAGAGCCCCGUCGUGCCGCUUCCGCCGACCGACCUCGCACACUGAGCGCCCAGCGGACUCGGAGCCGGUCUCCACCGCCCACUGUCGACCCCAGAUUGUCCGCUCCCGAGGUUCCCUGGCACAAUCCGGACGAGACCACGGUUGAAGAGCUUCCAGAAGCGAAUGAGGAAAGCGAUCUCCGCUCAGAAUGGGACCCCUAUCCAGCUAUGACGGAAGCCCCCGAAGAGCCGCCCGAGGAUAUCAUCGAGAUGGAGUUGGAGAAACGGUGGAUUUUGAAUUUGAGCAUGCACUUUCGCGACCGCUCCGAGCGUGAAAAGUUCUUCGUCACAUAUGCAGAGACGCCCAAUCGGUGGCGAAGGGUUACCAUCUCCUGCGACUAUCGCGGCGCCCCUCCCGAUUCGCUUGAGCAAGACCUGAAGGAACUACGCUACCAACGAGACAAAUGCGCCCGGAUCUAUGAAUCAAUCCGCGAGUCAUUAACUGAAAUCCAAUUCUACGACACGGUCACGAAUCUGAAGUUGGAAACUCGAGAUGGCCGAUUGCACGUACACGUAACGGAAGACGUUAACGAGAUCAUCCCAUACCCACCUAUAUCCUGCAUUGGCCACUUGCCCGACUCUCGACUUGUCCGAGAGGAUCAGCUGCACUUUGAGGCGCACUUGUCGGGAUUUGUGUACAAUGUACGGUUGAAUGGGAAGUCUUACAUUAAAAAGGAGAUUCCCGGCCCUGACACGGUGGAUGAGUUUUUAUACGAGAUCAACGCGCUCCAUGCAUUGCAAGAAAUCCCGAACGUUGUGCAGGUGGAAGGAGUGGUCGUCGACGAACACGAAGAAGUGGUCAAGGGCCUGCUCAUCAGUUUCGCGGAGAAGGGGGCGUUAGUUGAUAUUCUGUACGAGCACCGAGGUACAAUCUCAUGGGAACAACGGGAGCGCUGGGCGAAACAAAUUGUUCGGGGUCUUUGUGAGAUCCACGAGGCUGGCUAUGUGCAGGGGGACUUUACUCUGUCGAAUAUUGUGGUGGAUGCCAACGAUGAUGCCCAAAUCAUAGAUAUCAACCGACGAGGCUGCCCUGUAGGAUGGGAGCCUCCUGAAAUUGCUGCGAAGAUUGAAAGCAACCAGCGGAUCUCCAUGUAUAUCGGAGUCAAGACAGAUCUUUACCAGCUAGGAAUGACGCUAUGGGCGCUGGCGAUGGAAGAGGAUGAACCCGAACGGCAACCUCAUCCAUUAAUACUGGGUCCAGACGUGGAUAUACCAGAUUACUAUCGAAGGCUGGUGGCCGUCUGCUUGAGCUCAAGGCCUCGAGACCGGCUAUCAGCCAAGGAACUUUUAAACUUUUUCCCGCGCGAAUAUAUACAAACGGAGCAGCCUCCUCCCUUGAUGUAUCCGCGACAUAUGAGCCAUGGGAUAGGGCUGAAUAAUGGUGCUUUGCCAUUAUAUAACCACCGAGUCAUUGCGGCUCCGGGAACUUUCUUAAAUCAUCAUGCUGGGCCUGUAGAUAGCACGGGAUGGCAUCUCAAUGCUCCGGUAUCACCGGACGGUGGGUACGAUCCGCAAUGUCUUGACCCAAAUCCUCUUGCAGGAUUUGAAGAAGAAGAGCAACGAGGCAGGACUAGAGAAAGGCGAGACAGCAAGCCUCUAGAAGCCAACAUCAGGCCGAGUGCUCACAGCUUGGGGAACUAUAUAGAUCUAACAGCAUCUACCGCUCCAACACCGUUCCCGACAAACCUGGGGAGUGACCAGACACGUACAUACCUGUCUACUCAAGGGGACAGAGACAACGAAAUUGAUCUCGACGCGGAUCUCGAUCCUCACUAUCGUGAUAUUUCUCUGGAUCGGGCAGCAAACUUACUGCCAUUGGAGGCUGACACUUUAUCUGGGUCCCUUGCAGGCGUUGGCAGCCAUCCAGCCUGCUCGUUUGGGCCAAGCUCUACAAAGAAACUGUCCCCAGACUCUGCGAACUGUGGAGAAUCCCCUUUAUCUGCGGCAACCCAAUCUACCGACCCGUACGCGGCAACUGUGCCAGAUUUAGGCCAUGCACUGAUCCGUGAUCAGGACUGGUCCAGCCAGAUGCCUUCACGUUCGGUAUCCUCCCUGUUGCAUUCCAUAUUACCUAUUAAUCCUGCCCUCAGCUUGCCAGAAUCAAAAUUGAUAGAGGGUAAUGCAGAACGCUUUUCUCCCUUGACCGUUCGGUCGGCAUUAGGAUAUCCUCGGCAGAUUCUCCAAAACACGCCUUACCUGAGCGAUUCGCAUUUACCCAUAAAUCCGGCAUUUUCAAAAUAAAGCUCUGACCUCCGUAUGACGGAAAUUCAGUGUCACUGCAAGGUGACAUUUGUGAUAAGCAAAAGAGCACCCGCUUCUUGAUCCAGACUCAGGUUGUUAUUGUGAUUUGCGGUCCCAAAAUGGGGCAAAGCAGUGCGCGAUACCCAUUUCCCACGCUUUUGCGCUGUAUAGAUACUUAUUUGGCGUGGCUUUUUGAUUCAUCGUUUAUAACUGCAACAGCGAGCAUGUCGGCGAAACUGGAGUUUGUUGAUUUUUGUUAUUUGAGUUUUAUUUUUUUUCUUUUUCUUCUUUCUUCCUAUUUUCGCUUUCGGGUCUCUCGAUUUCAUUCCUUUUCCUCUGCUAUAAAAUUGCCGGGUCGAACCCACCUCGUCUUCUUUCGUUAAAAGCAGAAACAGUUUUCGUUUUAUUUUUCCUUGUUCUCACGAAUGAUAUGAUGACAUUCAAAUGGCCGGGCUACUUGUUAUUGAAAGAAGUUUAUGUAUAUUGAUUGACACCGGUGAAAGUCCCUCAUGGCCAUGGCUGUAUUAAUUCAAUAAAAGAUUUGGUACGUUCAAUCUCGGUUUAGGAAUUCCAAACUGGAAAGUCUUGACUGAUG